AUAGGACAUGGUCUAUUUUCAUGCGACAAGUUGUAUGAACGCAGCCAAUCAAAACGCGUAUGAAAAUCACGUGACAUUUACACGUCAAUUUGUAAACAAAAAUGGCGACGCCGAUUCACGUCGGUAACUCCUGUUUUCGGUAUCCUAAGUGUCACCACUCAAUAAAGGACCUAUGAAAAAUGAACACCAAGCAGACUCCAUUUGAAAGAAGCAGACGACAGUUUCUCGUCGAAGUAGCAGACGACAGUUCCCUGUGAAGGUACCAGACGACACCACACCGCCACCAUGCCGAACACGUCCACCUCCACGUGUAAUGUGGACAGCUACAAGUGCUCAGAUUCAGGGCUCCUGAUGCCCUUCGUCAAUGAGUACACAUGGCCGAUAGCCGCGCGAGCCACCAUUUAUUUCAUUGGUCUCUUAUGGAGCUUCAUGGCAGUGUCUAUUGUUGCAGACAUAUUCAUGCGAGCUAUAGAAACCAUCACCAGCAGGACUAGACCGGUUCGGAUCCACUCUUCUACCUCACCCACCGGGUAUAUUGAUGUCGAGAUUAAAGUAUGGAAUGACACUGUGGCCAAUUUGACGUUAAUGGCGCUGGGGUCGAGUGCCCCUGAAAUCUUACUAUCCGUUAUAGAAGUCACCUUCAAUGACUUUAAAUCUAAAGAUCUUGGCCCCAGUACCAUCGUGGGAUCUGCAGCAUUCAACCUUUUGGUGAUCACAGCUAUGUGUAUUGUUGCUGUCCCGGACGCUGAAAAGAGGUUGAUCAAGAACGUAAAAGUGUUUGCAGUAACUAGCCUCUUCAGCCUGUUCGCGUAUCUCUGGCUGUUGGUCAUCCUCAUAGGAAUAACACCCGAUUACGUUGACCUUUGGGAGGCCAUUGUCACCUUGUUGUUCUUCCCCAUCCUCGUUGUCGUCGCAUACAUCGCCGACAAAGACUACUGCGGUAAACCAGGCAAAGAUGAAGAGGCGCCGCUUGGAAUUGUCCAAAUGUGCCAAGAGAUUCCAGGAGGAGGACUGGACCCCGCAAAAGCAUCCAAAGACUUCGUGGUGGAAGUUCUUAAAAAAAUUGGCAAGCAGCCAAACUUGACGGAGGAGGAUGAAGCGCGUAUUGUCGCCGCCUACGUUGCUAAAAACACGUCUCACGACAAGGGCUGGUACAGGAUGAACGCCAUCAGGAACCUCACAGGGGGUCCCCGCCUCGUUCCAACAACCAAUGAGAGACAGGAUAAGAUCUUGACGAAACUGAUGACCGGCGAGAACAUCGGGUCAAGUGUAUCCCUCUUUGAGGAUUACGACGCUGGAGUGACGGCGGUAGUGGAGUGGGCCGCAUCGUCAACCGCCGUCUUGGAGAAAGAUGGCCGUGCCAAACUGACCCUAAUGAGACACGGCAACAUUAACAACAAGGUGCUGAUCAGGGUUGAGACCAUUGAUGGGACAGCGGAGGCCAAUUCCGACUACAAGCCCUUCAAGGAGACGAUCGUGUUUCGGCCGGAAGAGACCACGAAACAAAUCGACAUCGAGAUCAUUGAUGACAAUGAUUGGGAGCCGGACGAGGUUUUCUUCGUGAGACUGACGGCCGAGUCCGACCAACAGGCCCGGGUAGGGAAGAGAUCGGUCACACAAAUCACCAUCCUCAACGAUGACGAUCCGGGCGUGUUUGGGUUCGCCAAGCCGAGCUUUGUGUUCAAGGAGAGCGCUGGGCGGGCCAUGAUCCCUGUGGAGAGGUCUAACGGAGCGGACGGGCGCGUGGUUGUGGGGUGGAAGACAAAGGACAUGACAGCCAUCAGCAGCAGGGACUACAUCGGCGGCAAGGGGGAGCUGGAGUUCCAGCACGGGGAGACAACUAAAUACAUCGCGAUAGAUAUCAUUGACGAUCAGAACUUCGAGAAGGACGAGCAUUUUGAAAUCCAGCUGACCGAUGUCGUCCCCGACGGCGCUAGGAUCGGACGUCUGAAGAGGACUGUUGUCACCAUCAUGAACGAUGAUGAGUUCACUGGGGUGGUGUCACGUGUUGUCAAUCUGACGAACGCCAACCUCGACUCCCUCAAGGUGUCGACGACGACGUGGGGGCAGCAGUUUGAAGAAGCCAUGAAUGUUAAUGGCGGGGACGUCGAAAACGCCAACAUCUUCGACUACGUCAUGCACUUCCUCACUUUUGGCUUCAAGGUGAUCUUCGCCUGCAUCCCGCCCCCCUCCAUCUGGGGCGGCUGGCUGUGUUUCUUCGUCUCGCUGGGCGCCGUCGGCGUGCUGACGGCCAUUGUCGGGGAUCUGGCCGGCCUUUUUGGCUGCCUGGUCGGACUGAAGGACACAGUCACCGCCAUUACAUUCGUCGCCCUGGGAACCAGCUUGCCCGAUCUGUUCGCCAGUAAACAAGCUGCUCUACAGGAGGAGACUGCUGACAACUCCAUCGGGAACGUCACCGGUAGCAACUCCGUCAACGUGUUCCUCGGCCUUGGCCUUUCCUGGGUGAUCGCUGCCGUCUAUUGGACGUCACAGGGCAAGACAUUCGAGGUACCAGCCGGUUCCCUCAGCUUCAGUGUCACCUUGUACACCGUCUGUGCUGUUCUGGCUUUGGGGCUGUUGGUCCUCCGUCGGGUUGUGGGCAAAUUCGGUAAGGCGGAGUUGGGCGGAAGUAAGAUUCCGAAGAUUCUAUGCGCGGUGUUCCUGGUGUUCCUGUGGGUGUUCUACAUCAUCAUGUCAUCCCUGCAGGCCUAUGGGCACAUCAAAGCCUUCUAGAACACGUAUCAAGAAGCGCCCAUGUGCUUUUGACGAAUCCCAGCGCGCAUGUGCAUGACCACAGACUAUGACAAUGGCAGCCUAUGAAGAACAACCCAAUCCUUUUGCAUCUCGUUUGCAUAUAUCCCAAGGGCAGAUCCAGCAUAUUUAAAAGGGAGGGAUCCCGCCUCUGGAUCCGCCUGUGUAUCACAAUGAUCUCCUUGUAGUCCAUCUUCCCGAGGCAAGAAAGUUAACUGACUAUAAAAGUCCAGUUGAAACUGGAUUUUUGAAGUCAGUUAACUCUCUUGCCUAGGGAAGAUGCUUGUAAUCCAGUAGAUGAGAUGUUCAGUCGGGAUUAAAACGUCCGCAUCCAGAUCUGAUUAUGAUUGGCUAGAAUAACCUUGUCUGUGCUUCAACAGUCUCCAUGGCGGGCUGUAGUGAAUACUCACCUAUAGAAGCUCUUUAAAUGAUAACAUCAACACCUUAUAGUAUACUGUGGACUGAUUCUGUGAGUGUGGGCUUUCGGAUUUCAUUCUUUGUAUUUGUUUGGACUUGUUCUUUAUAUUUUUUUAUAAAAUUAUUAAUAUUCACAGGGCAUUGUCAGGUUUUCUUGGUUUCUCAACACAGCACCGUAUUUUCAAUCCUGUCAGUAUUAAUGAAUCUGUUAUUCACACUACCAAAUAUUUACGUCUGAAUGUUGACUGUCUAGGAUAAUAUGAAAUGUAUACAGUUCAACUUUUGAUAGGGAUAUUUUGAGUGUCUUCUACGGGAAUCUACAUGGCUUGCUAGGCUAUGUUGUCAUUAAACUGAUGCAUAUUCAGCAUCGUUUAAAUAAAAUAAAUAAAUGUAGCUGUAUGACAUAUCUUAGUAACCCUGUCAUCAGUUGAGUACUAUUCCUGUUUAUAUAUACAAAUUUGGGUGUGUCUUCAAGACGUCAGUCAACAUACGCUUCUACAACGCCAAUCACUAGAAUAAACCAUAUCUAUAUUUAAUAUAAGUUAAGGACCACCUGAUUCUUUCAUAUUAAUAUUGUUAAUUUGUCAUGCCGGAUAGUGCUUAACUUGUUUUUGAGUAGUACAGAGUUAGUGAUUGAGUCUUUAAUAGUUCAAAACAGGGCGAGUUGUAGAUCAACUAUUGUGACUUUGCUGACAUGUUCAGUAUCGUGACCCCAUAUUCCCGGACCUCGUUUAUCCGAACACCAGCUUUCCGGACCUUAUUCAGUAGAAAGUAUAACUGACAUUUCUUCAUACCAGUAAUUCGUUACUCCGGACAGUUUCGCUGGGAACAACGUCCGAAUAAACGGGGUGCAACUGUAUAGUUGAAUUAAUAAAACACUCCAAUGUUCAAUGCGAUUUUACUGGGAACGGCGUCCGAAUAAACGGGGUUCAAGUGUAUAGUUGAAUUAAUAAAACACCCCAAUGUUCAAUGCGAUUUUACUGGGAACGGCGUCAGAAUAAACGGGGUUCAAGUGUACAGUUGAAUUAAUAAAACACUCCAAUGUUCAAUGCGAUUUUACUGGGAACGGCGUCCGAAUAAACGGGGUUCAACUGUAUAGUUCAAUUGGUAAAACACUUCAAUGUUCAAUGCGAUUUUACUGGGAACGGCGUCCGAAUAACCGGGGUUCAACUGUAUAGUUGAAUCAAUAAAACACUCCAAUGUUCAAUGCGAAUUUACUGGGAACGGCGUCCGAAUAAACGGGAUUCAACUGUAUAGUUGAAAUAAUAAAACACUCCAAUGUUCAAUGCGAUUUUACUGGGAACGGCGUCCGAAUAAACGGGGUUCAAGUGUAUAGUUGAAUUAAAAAAACACUGCAAAAUAAUUCACUGAAUAGACUCACGACACCCAAUCUAUGAUUCGUUACCAAAUUCGUGGUUUUGGGGUUGUUUCAUAUGUUAUAUUACAAACUGCAGUCAUAACCGUAACUAAAUAGCACGAAAUGCCUUUAUUUUGGGCGUCUUACUACUACUAAUAAGUACAUGGUGUAUUUUAUUUGGAUUAAUUAUCGUUAUGUUCAAUAACUUGUUAAUUAAAAAUAAAUAAAUCUCAAUCUUCUAUUUCACACCUUGUGUACAUAUUUAUACAUAUUUGGUUACAUUAGCCAGUGCAUGUCCUGAAUAUUGCCAUAACUGUUUAAAUCUGUGAGAAAGAAUUGCAUAGGGAACAAUGGUGACCUUUGGUGUAGUUGUUGGAAUUUGUGAUAGCAAGAUGAAAUGUGUUCUAAGUUGAUCGCUGUGAGAGCCUACACGUUAGAAAUGUUUGUUUUUUUAUUUUAGUGUUUUUGUGCGUUAGUGUGAGAUCUUCACAAGUUUGUCCGUACUCUUAGCUGAAGGGAUAAUUAUUCACACAGUGUUCAAUUACAAGAUAUAAUGUUAAAUAUGAAUUAUAUUUUCCUGUAAAUUAUUGUUUAUUCGUGGAUUUAAUUACAUUUUAAAACUGUUGCAGACUUCCCAAAGCGCUGUUUUCAUGAGCGGAUACCCUAUAUCUUGUUAUAAUUGUUAUGUCAUGUGAUGUGAUACCAAAGAAUCUCAACAUGUUUGUUAUGUAUUAAUAUUGAAAUCAGCUAUUUAUGUUAGUUAUUUUCGUAUUUGUUACAUAUUUAUAUCGCUAUAGUGUAUUCCUGCUAGUAAGUGCUACAUGUUGAUAAUUAUAUAUCUGUUCUUCUUACCAGUUGAUAAUUAUAUAUCUGUUCUUCUACCAGUCCUAGUGUAUCUUUCAGAAGUUGUUGCUGUUUUUUUAUGAUCUUGCCUUUUUUCGCUGUGGGCAUUAUAUCGGGUAAUAUAAAUUGGACAGUUGCUUUUUGGAAUGUUAAAGGUCAAGGUCAAGGUAAAUCCAGAGUGUCAACACACUCGCGCAAAUUGGCCAUUUCGUGACGAAUAUUAUUUGUUAUUGUGCCAGCGUCGCCCAAUAUGUUUCUGCUUACCUAAUAUGACACGGUAUAAGGUAACUAAAGAUACCAUAACGAAUUUAUAAUACACGAUCUGGUAUCCAUGUCGCAUGUCAUGUCAAAAUGAAAACUUGUCGCCUGCAACCGUUGAGGUUAAGGGUCAAAGGGAGACUACUCUUCAAACAUUGUUGACAAUUUUGACUAUAAUCUGUAUCAAUAAAGACACGAACAUGAUCUAAAAAAAGAUAAAUGUCCUUGCACUUCACAAUUAAUGACAGAAAAACACAAAACAGUGUCGAAUAACGACUUUCUGUACCAGAAUUCUCAUGUGAAAUAUGUGAAGUGGGGUGUUGGAAAAUCCAAAAUGGCUGUUACUGACGGUAUACGGGCUCAUGUUGGGUCUGCUCUCUGAUUGGCCAAUCUCACUUUGAGGCAUAAUAAAGCUUGUUAUACCAUGACCCUUUAGACACAUGUUCAACUGCGGUACUGUCUCGAAUGAGAACAUAGCUGAUUAUCUUGAAUCUCUUUGAAGCGUAGAACGUAAUGUGUGUUUUGUUGUUGAACGUCACACUCAGCACUAUUCCAGCUAUAUGACGGCGGCCUGUAAAUGAUAAAGUCUGUACCAGACAAUUCAAUGAUUGAUAUUGUGAGCAAACUAGUCACCUAGCCACACCGACCGAUCCACCUCUUACGACCAGCCUCCAAACCCAGAAUCCCCACAGGGGAAAACGUGAAUAAAUAUAUCGUCUGUUGGCAAACGAUCUCAACGGCAAUUUCUAUUUUUCACAAGUCCUACCUGCGGUCACGUGCCACACAGGGCAGACACAUUGAACGGCAAACCGGAAAAGUGGCAGCUGCCUUCUGGGAAUGUUAAAGGUCAAGGUCCAGACCUUCAUAAAAAAAUGUUUCCAUUUAACAGAUUAGUGCUUUAAUGCAAUAUGCCUACUCCAGUGUUGCCCGAGGUAUUAUGUAUUUAGCGGAAUAAACCGAGUAGUUCCGAGUGAUUAAGACCGAUCACUCCAACAAGAAUAAUUCCCUGGGAAAUAUUUCCUCAAGAUUUUUUAACUUACAAAAAUCCAACAUACAUACUAGUGAUUAUGAUAAAUGUAGCUAUCCGUUCAGUAUUUUCCUAUUCUUUAUAAUGUAUGAUAUAUAAUAUUGUAUACAUUACUUCAUUGAUUUAUGUUUCCGCCCUUGCAAGCCUGUUCGUUGAAGCAGCUGAGGCUGACAUAUCUGUGAUAUCUCGGACAGCUGUUCUGUGUCCUCCUCGUGUGACGACAUUCUGUACACUUGUACAUGGAGUAUACACCUGUGUGUUAAACUUGUCAUUCUGUAAAAUAGAGUAUGUAAAUGUCAAUAUAAAGUAUCUUCUCCACAAA